UUGCCAGAUAUAAACUCCGAAUAGUUGACCCACCACAAUUACCCCUAGAAAGAAAACCCAACGCUGAUGAAGAUGGUCCAGAGUUUGAACCCAACCUGUGGAUGUGGGUAAACCCUAACAUCGUGUAUCCCCCUGGAAAGCUGGAGGUUCCAGAACCUAGUAAGAGAGAGGAUCUGACAAGCACACUCCCCUCCUCUCAGCCACCCCAGGAGGAGGAAGAUGCUAACCGCUCAGAGGCCACAGGGGCGGAAUCGUUGCCUCCUUCCUCCAGCGAACAGUCUCCCCCUCCAAUGUGGUUUGCCUCUUCCCCCAGCAACUGGGAGCUCACAGAAGAGGCGGAGGCUGAGGACCAGGAUGACAGCUCCUCUGUGGCUCUCCCGUCCUCUCACAAAAGGGCCCCCCUCCAGAGCCGGAGGCUUCGGCAAGGCAACAGCCAGGCGGGGAGGCUCUGGUCCCGGCCCCCUCUCAGUUACUUCCACCUAAUUGCCCUGGCAUUAAGAAACAGUCCUCCCUGUGGCCUCAACGUGCAACAGAUCUACAGUUUCAUUCGACAGCACUUCCCCUUUUUCCAGAAGGCUCCGGAAGGCUGGAAGAACACGGUUCGCCACAAUCUGUGUUUCCGAAGCAGCUUUGAGAAGGUGCCUAUCAGCAUGCAGGGUGAGGCCAGCACUUGUAGAUCGUGCCUCUGGAAGUUGACUGAGGAGGGACACCGCCGCUUUGCAGAGGAGGCCCGCGCCUUGGCUUCCACUCGGCUGGAAAAUAUCCAACAGUGCAUGAGCCAGCCAGAUGUGAUGCCCUUCCUCUUUGACCUUUAACUCCAAGAAGCAAGAGCCAACCCAUGCCUUAUUAAAGUUUUCCUCA